AUGCUCGAAAAAUCCACGCCCGAGAAGCAGGCGGAGCCUUCGGCGGCCCGGGAGAAGCUCGACGGUAGGGUUCGGCCUGCUCCCCGUCACGGUCAUGGCCACUUGGAACUGACAGCACGCCCGCCUCGUAGCGCAGAUCAAGUCGGCCGACAUGGUGAGAUUCUCCGGAUGGUCCCAUGA